AUGGGGCUAUUGGGAUUUCUUGGCAAGAAAAGAAAUGCAAAACAAGUAGUUAGUUUUGAUGUCAGCACUGAGGUGUUCAAGUUGUUUCUACUGCCAGAUUUUGUUCUAAGAAAUAGAUGCCUUCGGUGGAUCGAUGUUCACAGGAAUUUUCUUUGUGUGAUUAAGCCUGAGGAAGGACAAUGUUAUGAGAUAUGGGUGAUGGAGGAAUAUGGUGUUCAAGAGUCAUGGACUAGACUACAUGCUAUUCAACUCUUCUCUUUGAGUCACCCGUUGCGGUUUUUAGGACUGGGGAUGAAUGGGAGGUUGGUUUUCGAAAAUCUGGAAAAUCAUAGAGAGCUAACUGUGUAUUAUCCUGAGAAUAAAAAACUUAAGAAUGUUGAAUUGGAUAAUUCAAAGGUAGACUUGUUAACUGUUGGCACUUACAUAGAGAGUCUGGUCGCACUCUAG